AUGAUCAUUUCGGGAGUUUUAAUUUCAUAUUGGGAAACCCCUAUAGUGAGAGCCAACAACAGGAGCCUGAGCUUCCUCCUCCUUGUCUCCAUCAAGCUGAGCUUCCUCAGUGUGUUUCUGUUCCUCGGUCGCCCUGUGGAUAUAACCUGCAUGCUGCGUAACAUCACUUUUGGAAUCACCUUCUCCAUAGCUGUCUCUUCUCUCCUGGCCAAGACUAUCAUGGUUUGUGUUGCUUUCAAAGCCACCAAGCCAGGGAGCUCAUGGAGAAAAUGGGUGGGAGUCAAACUGUCCAACUCUGUAGUCUUGUUCUGCUCAUCCAUUCAAAUAAUAAUCUGCAUGACUUGGUUGGCCAUUUCUCCUCCCUUUCAGGAACUGGACCUUCACACUUACCCUGGGACCAUCAUCAUUCAGUGCAAUGAGGGCUCAGCUAUUGGCUUUUACUCAGUUAUUGGGUAUAUGGGGCUUCUGGCAGCUGUUAGUUUUGUUUUAGCAUUUUUAGCUCGGACAUUACCGGACAGUUUUAAUGAGGCCAAGUACAUCACUUUCAGCAUGUUGCUCUUCUGCAGUGUUUGGAUCACAAUGAUCCCGGCCUAUCUGAGCACCAAAGGCAAAAACACUGUGUGUGUGGAGAUAUUUGCCAUACUCACCUCAAGUGCUGGACUUUUAUUCUGUAUAUUUCUGCCCAAAUGUUAUAUAAUUUUAUUUAGACCUGAGAUGAACCAAAAAUCUCAUCUACUUGUCAUAGCAUAA